AUGAGGACACCUCCGCUUCCAUCGCCGGCCGAGGCCCCUUCGCCUGUCGCCGCACCUCAUUCCCACCGUCGAGGCUCCUCCCAUUCAACUGGCUUUCUUCCUGUUCAUACUGCUGGAUUCUCAAUCGAUGAAGACGCGAUCGCGGAGAAUAACACGUGGAAUGCUAACUCUCAUUCUUCUCCUAUACCGCUCGAACAGACUACGAACGCAUGCCAUAUAUCAACGCCUGCGAAGAAAGACAAUCCCGAAGUAGGGAAGUACCCAGAGGACCAGGGUCGAAGUUUGCAAACCCUUAAAGAGCUUCGGAGGCAGAUGGAAGAGUUGCUCGUCUAUCAACAGAUGCAACAAUCACAGAAUCAGAGCUCAUCGGCUAGUCGCGAAGCCCCGUCGUCGCAAACGGAACCCGUCUCUUCAAAUUCCCCUGGAUCAACAAGAAAGAGGCCUCUCAAUGUAUCGUUCCAGAAAGUCACCUCGUCCACGGGAGCGAUGCCUUCCGCAUCAUUCUCCGAUUCUACCGGAUCUGGCGGCACCAUCAGGGCCAUGGAUUCUACUCCCGAAAACCUCACCGGACAGACCCCGUCCUAUCCGUUUCCACGAAUGCAAACGCAACCUACGGCUAAGCCGUCGCAAAAUUCUACGCUCAACCGCAGCUCGUUCAAGUUGACACUGCCGUCUGAGAAGCUUAAGAUUCACAUGGCGCCAUCGCAAGUCGGGGAGGAACAACAGCUGACAGGGCUAGACACACCGCACUUGCAGAGGUUUUUUCUACCACCGCAGUCCAAGAGCGUGAUUGAAGACCCAAACUAUCCCAGUCCCAAUCUUUAUGACCUCACCUUGCAAUUAAAUGCAGAUCCGGGCCUAGACGCAUGGUGGGGGAAUGUUAUCCAUAUUUUGCAGGCGCAUUAUGGGGCUGAGAGAGUGUCCCUUGCUGUACCUGGCGAUGCGACUGACCUCGAAAACGUUCCAUGGGGGCAGAAAGCGGUUUUUGAUCGGAACAUCGAGCCGGAGUCGCAGGCACGGCAUCUGCACGAUGAGACGACUACACCCCGCGAUAAUAAUUCGAAGGAGAAGGAGGAUCUGGAGAAGAAGAAGAUGAAGAAGGAAUCAUUCAUUGCAGAAGCACUUGCCAAUGGAUCAAGCGCUUCGAAAUCUCCAAAGCGACCGCCGCUUUUGUCACGGCACUCCUUCGCCGGGUUUGGCAAGGAGAGGAAGCAUCCCAACAUCCAGGAUUCCGACGCGCAGCACCUGCGGAGUCUCAAAACUCCGUCCAAACCCGAGGUUAAACGCACAUCUACCCUUCCCGAGAACCCCACCGCUGCGGAAACGGAGCCGGUGCCUACGCAGGACACUCCCCGACAAGCCGUUUUUCCGAUACCCAGGCCUCUAGAGGUCGAAGCAGAUCCGCUGAUCAAACGAACUGGGGUGGUUAAGCUAUUUGGACGCACUGAACCCGUGGUUUUGACCCGAGAAUAUUCUCAAGGGUUGGCAAGCGAUCAGACUCCCUGUGAAACGCCCGAAGACAAGAUCCAGGUUACGCCGACCGCAGAACCUUGCAAUAACCAGCCACCAUACGACGUUCGCUCCAGAUCAACGUCUAACCCCCCUGCGCUGGGCUUACAAGCACAGCGCUCGAUGGAAUUUUUCGACGAAUACGAGCAAAUACCCCCAUCGCCUUGGUCGCAAUCUCCAGCUCCCUCCCCAGCGCCUCGUGCUCAUGCAGAGCAGAACCCCUUCUUUGUGAGUCACGCUGUCGACGAAGAGGCAUUUGCGAAGCACCCUCCGCCUCAUGACUACUCAAAUCUACAGCCCUUAGAAGCCAUCGGUGUCGACAUGGCAAAAUCAGUGGUCCAUAUCCCGCUUCUGCAUGCUGGCCGUUCCAAACAAACAUCACCCUCUACCUUACGAUUUCCCGUUGCCGUGAUUUCGAUUCUUUCUUCAAUAAUGCCCUAUCCCUCGAAUCUGAGAAAGUCUCUGGCCUAUCUCAUGCCCCACCUGACGACCUCGUUCUGUUUGGCUCAGCAAUACAGUCAGCUUGAGCGUCAAGUCACCUCUCGACUAGAGGUUCCCCGCUACGGGCAUCUUCUCGGCCUUGGUGGAACCUUCUCGGAUGAGAGUAGUGAGCUGGAGCUCGUCGCUGGUCUCAGCGGCCAUGUUAAUUACACAAUAGCAGAUGACGGGUCUCUUUCGGCCCGUGCCAGUCUUUCUAGUCCCGAAGAGAGAUCGAGUUCAGCUAAGCUCAGCCCUUCAAUAUCUGGGCUUGGCACGCCUGGAUUUGACUUGAGCAAUAUUGGGGCCGGGACAACUAUCAACCCCAAUGAAUCACCAGGGCUGGCUGCAAGGAUUGGUAAUGAUGGUGUGGACAGCUACUUCAAUGUUCAGUCGAAACAGUUUCGAGAGGCGAUCGCCCAGCGAAUGAUACUGUCGAAGGCGAAACAAAGCGUUGCAGCCUCAAAUCCCACGUCCCCUGGCAAGCUUCUUGGGAAAGUCCCGACGGAGGAGGAGCUCGCACCACAGGCUCAAAGCCCGGCAACAAUAUCACCAUCACAGGAAAUCAAGGCGCCACCAGUAAUUUCACCCACGCAGACCUCUUCUCGUCAUCCGUCCACGAACUCUUUCUAUGCCCAAUUGCAACGCGAGCUCCCACGCCCGUUCACCGAUACUGUGGCACAGCUCAUGUUGAACUCGGUUCCCCUACAUCUGUUCCUUGCGAAGCCCCAGAGUGGCGAGGUGAUCUGGACAAACUCAAAAUUCGAUGCUUUCAGGAGGAGUCAACCCCAGGAGCAGAAGUUGAGGGACCCUUGGCAGAAUAUUCAUAGUAGCGAGCGGGAACAUGUCUCUCAGGAAUGGGCAAAUGCUUUGCGUACAGGGUCUCAAUUUACUGAACGAGUGCGCGUCAAGCGUUUCAAUGAUGAGUCGGCAUAUCGCUGGUUCAUCUUCCGGGCAAAUCCGCUACUGUCGUCUACAGGGGAGGUGUUGUACUGGAUCGGAUCUUUCCUUGAUAUCCACGAGCAGCAUAUCGCUGAGCUGAAAGCGGCGCAGGAGAGAGAGAAGUUCGCCACCGAUGCUAAGUACCGAGCAUUUUCCAAUUCCAUCCCGCAAAUAGUUUUCGAGGCUACCGAAUACAGGGGUCUUAUUUUUGUGAACGAGCAAUGGCAUCUGUACACUGGACAGAAGCUUGAAGAUGCGCUGAACUUCGGCUUUGCAAAGCAUGUUCAUCACGAUGAUCUAGAGAAGUGCGGCCUACUGUCUGUCUACCUCCAUGAAGCUCAGAAGAAUGGGGCCGGCCUUGACUCGGGUGAGAUAGCGACGGAAACGACAACAGCCAAGACAUCCCAGGACAAGCAUUUGGGUCAUGGAGUUACGCCCGCCCUGGAAGAGCUGGUCAAACGCGGCGUUGCUUCGGUCCAAAGAGACGAAAAUGGACGUGUCUUCUACUCGACCGAGCUCAGACUACGCUCCAAAGGUGGAGAUUUCCGUUGGCACCUUGUUCGUCUGGUCUGUGUCGAGACCAGCAGCUUUGGCAGUGGAGAAGCGUCGUGGUACGGGACUUGUACCGAUAUCAACGACCGCAAGAAUCUCGAGCGGGAACUGAAUAAGGCCAUGCAACAACUGAACAAUCAAAUGGAGUCGAAGACUAAAUUCUUCAGCAAUAUGUCGCAUGAGAUCCGGACCCCACUGAACGGUAUCCUUGGCACCAUUCCCUUCAUUCUCGAUACCCAGCUGGACACCGACCAAAGGAGGAUGCUCGAUACAAUUCAAAAUAGCUCAACAAAUCUGCGCGAACUGGUCGACAACAUCCUCGAUGUCUCUAGGGUGGAAGCUGGCAAAAUGUCGCUCGUUAACUCGUGGUUCCAUGUACGCUCUGUGAUCGAAGAUGUUAUCGACACCGUUUCAUCCAGGGCUAUUGACAAGGGCCUAGAGAUUAACUAUCUGAUGGAUGUGGAUGUUCCGCCAAUGGUGAUAGGAGAUAGGUUUCGAAUCCGACAGGUCCUCAUAAACCUUGUUGGCAACGCGGUCAAGUUCACCGCGCAAGGGGAGAUUCACAUAUGUUGCUCCAUUUACCACGAUGCUUCGGCACAUAUCAAGAAAUCAGAGCUCUUGCUCAACUUUGAUGUUGUGGAUACUGGUAAAGGCUUCAGUGCAAGGGAUGCUGAACGCUUGAUGCAACGAUUCAGUCAGCUUGGGCAAAAUGGAUCGCAGCAGCAUGCGGGUAGUGGUCUCGGACUGUUCCUGUCCAAACAGCUGGUUGAAAUGCAUGGCGGUAAAUUAACCCCGAGCAGCAAAGAAGGCCAAGGCGCAAAGUUCUCGUUCCAUGUCAAAGUCGACGCCCCUCCGCCACCAACUCCUGACGAAACCCGGACUAUUCGACAGUCACAGAGUGCCUCUGAGACGCUUGGAGCGCAACCAAAACUUAGCUCAUUGCAGAAGUUGCUUUUCUCAAAAGAUCCGCUGAACAAUAAGGGCCCAGACCAAUUCGAACUGUCGUCGGCUCUCGAAUCAUCCCUCGCGAAAGCCCAUGCCCACGCAGAUCCCUCCUCACGUUUCUCGACGAACAACCUCUCUGAGCGAUCCUCACUUUCCUCUGCCCUUCCGACUCCCGAUCUCAGUACGGUAGAUCCUCUUGCCAAAAUCGACAGCUCUGCUCCGGGCGAAGGAGACACCGUGACUCCCGUAGGUGGCGAUAAUCCACGCCCAGCAACUGAGUCGUCUUCACAGCUGCAGGAACCCCCUGCCUCGAUUAAGUCAACGGCUUUGGAUGGUGUAACUGAUGCAAAGCAACUACCAAGCUCGUUCUCCAUCCUUAUUCUGUGCCCCAUGGAUAACACCCGCAAAGCCAUCAAGCAACAUAUUGAGCAGGUUGUGCCCCUCGAGGUUCCGUUCUCUAUUACCUCGACCCCUGAUGUUGAAGACUGGAGAGACCACGUGAGUGAUGAGUCUGUUUCAAAACUCACUCACUUGGUUCUCAAUCUGCCGAGUGUGGACGAUGUUUUAGAUGUGAUUCAAUAUGUCUCAGAGAGUGAUCCAGCCACUGCCCCGACUCUCGUCAUUAUAUCCGAUCUCUAUCAGAAACGACAAGUCAAUUCAAAGAUCAAGGAGCUGGCUGCCAGUGGCAGGCGUGUAUAUACGGUGCCAAAGCCGGUUAAGCCCUCUGCCUUUUCCGCCAUCUUCGACCCUGACAAUCGACGCGACUUGAGUAAGGAUAGAAACCAAGACAUGGCGAGGGAGAUCAACAACAACUUCAAGACAAUGUCCAAGAUGGUCAAAGAGGUUAUUGGGAACAAAGGUUAUAGGAUAUUACUCGUUGAAGAUGACGAAACGAAUCGCAUGGUGAUGCUGAAGUACCUUGACAAAAUCAAAGUCAUGGCAGAAACGGCUACGAAUGGCCAAGAGUGCACGGAGAUGGUUUUCUCAAAGGAGCCCGGAUACUAUUCCCUCAUUAUAUGUGACAUCCAGAUGCCCGUUAAGAAUGGCUACGAUACGUGUCGCGAGAUUCGUGGAUGGGAGUUGAAAAACCAUUACCCUCAAAUCCCGAUCAUGGCGCUCUCAGCCAACGCAAUGACGGAUCAAAUUGAGGACGCUGCGCGCGCCGGUUUCAACGACUAUGUCACCAAACCUAUUAAGCACAACGAACUAGGAAAAAUGAUGAUGGGGCUUCUCGAUCCCAACCGACCUUUGCUUCUCCUUCGCGACCGUCUCAGGGCCGACAGUGAGGAUCAUCACCGCGAAUGA